AUGGACCUAAUAACAGCGACCUGUCCAAGCGGCGCCGACGCCUCUUUCGGUCCACGAGUGAAUGCUGCCUGUCGCGGUUUCGACUUUACGAUACAAUUUGAAGAUAUUGUACUAGCUUGCUUACCAUCAUCAUUAUUCUUGCUUCUACUUCCAUUGCCUGCAUGGCAGUUAUGGAAGGCGCAUCGUUGUGUUAAGAGAUCUACAUUGUUGUUUGUCAAGCUCGUAACCAUCGGAUGUUUGUUGGCAUACCAAAUUGCUUUCCUCGUCUUGAGGGCAUCAGGCGCUCAUCAUGACCGAGCCCCUGCCUCACUCGCAGCAGAUAUUUUACAGAUUCUCACAGUAUUCAGCGCCCUUGUCUUGUCCUACAUAAACCACUGCCGUUCAAUCCGUCCCUCGACAAUACUAGUCCUGUAUUUAUCGGCGCGUACCAUAGCAGAUAUAGUUCGUGUAAGAACAUUAUGGCUGAUCCCAGAAGCGAGGAACUCGAGCAUCGUCCUCACGCUGAGCCUCGUUUUUACUCUGAUCGCAUUGGUCUCAGAGUCAAUGGAAAAGGAUGAUAUCCUUAUAGGAUCAGUUAAAAAGCCAGGUACUCCGGAACCAUUCAGCGGGUUCUGGAAACAAGCCACAUUUGCCUGGCUUGCUACAACUUUUCGCCGCGGCUAUACUCAGGUACUCUCCGUAGAAGACCUUCCAGACUUAGAUCCAAAACUCGAUAGUGGCAUUAUCGGGAGGGAGUUGGCAAACACUUGGGCCAAAACCAGAGACAAAUCUGCGAAAUAUGCGCUCUUUCGAGUAUGCUUGAAUGCAUACCUUGCCCCUUUCCUAUCCGGAGUGUUACCACGCCUCUGCCUCACUGCCUUCACCUUCUGCCAGCCCUUUCUCAUUAACGCAAUUGUCACUUGGGUUGGCUCUGCGGAUGCCUCCAUGGCCUUUGGUAAGGGCCUAAUAGGAGCUACCGCUCUCACUUACAUUGGCAUGGCUAUAUCGACAGCCCUGUAUGAGUAUCGCACGAUCCGUUUUGUAAUACGAUUGCGUGGUGGGCUAAUCUCUCUCAUCCAUGGCCAAACUGCCCGCGCCAGAAGCGUGGAUCUUGGCAAUAUCACGGCAAUCGCUUUGAUGGGGACAGAUGUAGAGCGUAUCACAGUUGCUUUCAGGUACAUCCAUGAAGUCGGCGUGGCUUGCGUCAUGCCUGUUGUCAUCAUCUUGGUUUUCAUCGGUGCCACUCUUCCACUCUCUGCUUCUACUAGCACCGCGCAGCGACUAUGGGUGGAAAAAGUGGAAGACCGGCUGCGCCUAACCUCACAUGUUCUAGAGAAUAUCAAGGCUGUCAAGAUGCUGGGACUUUCUGAAAAGUUGUCGUCUAUAAUUCAAGGGCUCCGUCACGCCGAAAUAGUGGCUUCUGCUGCUUUUCGCAAGUUGUUGAUCUGGAGAAUUGUGCUCUCCCAAUCUCCCACUGAUCUUGCUCCAAUAGCGACCUUCACUUUAUAUGUAGUUAUUGCGUUGAUUCGGAAGGACAAUUCUCUACUCGCUGCCCAGGCUUUCACAUCGUUGUCAUUGGUGGCUCUGCUAACGACGCCUGUUUUGACGCUUAUCCAAUCAAUACCCGCCGUAAUCCAGUGCAUGGGAUGUUUCGAUAGGAUGCAAGAAUAUUGCAGUGUCCCAUACGCAUCUGAUGUUUCUGAUUUACAGGUAUCUAUAGGAUCACACCCACAUGAAGAUCUCGUGGAGUUUCACAACCAAAACUUUGGAUGGAAAGAUGUCAAAAAUCCUGUUUUGCGUAACAUCGAUCUUAGUAUCAAGCACGGGGCUUUUACUGCCAUCGUCGGUCCCGUCGGCAGCGGAAAGUCAACUCUUCUGGAGAGUAUUCUUGGAGAGUCUUUGGCUACCGAAGGUUCCACAAAGAGGAAUUUUGCCACGAUUGGCUACUGUUCGCAGACACCAUGGCUUCAGAGCCAUACGGUUCGUGAGAAUAUUAUUGGCAACAUGGAUUUUGACAAAGAUUGGUACAAAACAGUGAUCUGGGCAUGCGGAAUUGAAGACGAUCUAUCACGACUUGCCCAGGGUGAUAAAACACCUGUUGGCAGCAACGGUUUAAAAUUGAGUGGUGGGCAGAAGCAAAGAAUUAGCUUGGCGCGGGCUUUAUACUCACGAUGCAGAGUUGUUAUUCUUGACGACGUGUUCAGUGGGGUUGAUGCUACAGCCACGGAGAAGAUCGCUUCACGUUUAUUUGAAGCAAAUGGACUCUUUCGGAAUAUGAGAACCACCGUUGUUUUUACAACACACUCAAGCCUUCUCCUUCCAUACGCAGAUCAAAUUGUCGUCUUGGCCGACGGUCGGGUUUCUGAGAAAGGUGCUCUAAAGGAUCUAAUAACUAGCAGUUCUUACAUUCAAGCCAUGAACGUUAAAACGUCCUCUGCAUGCAACGAAGAGAUCGUGGCGUCUGACGAGAAAGCUUCAACCCGUGGCUUCUCUCAUAUUAUUGGCGUCGAUGAAGAAGAAGAGAGUGUUCCGGACUCAGCUGAAUCAACAUUGAAUGAGCUAUCAGAGGACGAUACCGCCCGUCAGAAGGGUGAUUUCUCUGACUACAUAUACUACCUGAGAGCUACAGGCUUUCCUGUGGUUGUUGGUUUCCUAGGAACGGUUGCUUUCUGGGCUUUCUGUCGACAAUUCCCAACUGUAUGGGUAGACUGGUGGACAGCAGCAAAUGAACGAAACCCUGAGGCUGGAGUCGGCAUGUACCUGGGUAUAUACGCAUUUCUCGGCGUCAUUGGUGUGGUCUUCAUGACUUGCGCUUGCUGGCUUAUGUUUAUCAACAUGGUAUCGAAAUCUUCAUUACGACUACACGAGGAUGUUUUGCAUGCGACAUUAAAAGCACCUUUUCAGUUUUUCCAACUUGUCGACAUUGGUAAUAUUACUAACAGCUGCUUCCACUUUACUGGUCUUUCCAAAUCUCUGACUUUGGAUGUUGGAUACUUUAGGUUUAGUCGAGACAUGGACCUGAUCGAUAUGGAUCUCCCCAUGCAGGCACUAAAUUUCGUUGCCGCAACUGGUACAUGUACAGCCCAGAUCGUUAUACUGGCUGUAUAUGCCAAAUAUUUGGCAAUCACCAUCCCUUUUGUCGCCUGUCUUGUCUACAUAACGCAAAAGUUUUAUCUUAGGACUUCGCGACAGUUGCGACUUUUGGAUAUCGAAGCAAAGGCGCCUCUAUAUACUCAUUUCUUAGAACUCGUGAGCGGAGCGGUGACAGUUCGAGCCUUCGGCUGGCAGGCCGCUUUCGAUGAUGCAUGUGUAUCGCUGCUCAACUUCUCUCAGCGACCUGUCUAUCUGCUUAAUUGCAUCCAACAAUGCCUUCAGUUCUUCUUAGACAUGAUGGUGGCAGUAGUGACUAUUUCCCUAAUGGCCAUGGUUGUUUUUAUGCGCGAUUCAUUCGAUCCGGGAUCUGUCGGAGUUGCGUUAGUCAUGGUCAUGACUUUUAACAGCAACUUGAUGCUUCUUAUCCGGUUUUGGACUCUUAUGGAGACUUCAAUAGGUGCCAUUUCACGAAUUAAGAGCUAUGUGGCCACAACAAAGCCAGAGGAGAUCGCUGAAGACAUGCAACCACUGCCUGCUGAAUGGCCUUCCACCGGAUCGAUCAAACUUUCCCAUCUCGAAGCGGGUCACUCGAUGACUUCGGCUCCCGUCUUAAAAAGUCUUACAAUGUCCAUCAACCCUGGAGAGAAAAUUGCUAUAUGUGGUCCAUCAGGUAGUGGGAAAACAACAUUAGCUCUUUCUCUUCUCCGAAUGGUCGAAACUCAGCAAGGGAGCAUUGAGAUUGAUGGAGUCGAUCUGUCAAUGCAUAGCCGCGCCGAAAUUCGGCAGAGAUUGAAUGUUGUCACGCAGGAAUCGUUCAUCAUGCCUCGAGACGUCCGUUUCAACAUUGACCCGCUCCAAAACGCAUCAGAUGAGUCCAUGGUUGCAGCAUUGCAGAGAUUGGGGCUCUGGGACUCGAUGAAAAACGAAGGCGGCCUCGAUAUGCCAUUGAAGACUACUUCAUGGUCUGCUGGCCAAAGGCAGCUUCUAUGCUUGGCGCGUGCCAUGGUACGGAGGGGGAAAGUACUUAUACUUGAUGAAGCUACUAGCAGUGUUGAUAACGCUACUGAAGAAACGAUACAAGAUAUCAUAGAGUCGGAGUUUGCAACUCAUACAGUGUUAUCAGUUUUGCAUCGGCUACGAUACAUUCAGCGCUAUGAUCGAGUGGCCGUGCUCGAUGCGGGUGUCUUGGUUGAAUUCGAUACGCCAACAGCCUUAUUAUCUCGAAAUUCGAGGUUCGCAGAACUGUAUCAUUCUGGAAAUCAUACAUAG